AUGAUACCUGCAAGCAAAGUACCAUUCCCGAAGGCUUCCCCCCCGCGUAGGAAGCCUGCGAAGCGGGAGGCUAAGCGUAUAAAGAGACUAGCAGAACAAGAAGCCGAGCUGGCAGAGCAACGGCGGAAGCUCGACGAGGCUCAAGCAGCGGGGCGCGCAAAAUGGAUCGCCGCACCGCCAGCACGGCGUGAUCCUCCCGAACCAGCGGGUUCGGAGGCUGAAGAUCUUCGACGGUGCAGGGAGAAACUUCGCGAGUUGGAAAGGCUGGCCGGAUUCCAAGCGGACCAGAUCGAGGCGCGGGAAGCUAAGUCCAAGCGUCGGCGGAAGACGAUCCAGAAGCAGAAAGAAACGCUUCGACAGGUCCAAGAUGAAGCUCAGCAGGGCGGAGAAGACCCUGUUAGCAAGACUGCCGCGCCGAUCCCAGACAUCGAAUCAUUCGGGCCAGCUUGUCCGCUCCCACCGCGUCCACACCUCCCAAGCCGCACCGAGACGAAGAAAACCAGCCCCCCUAAACGUCCCAUUCUGCCGCCUCUGCCCUCGGAAGCAGGGAACGAGGCCAGGGACCGCGAAAAACGAGCCCGUCGCCGACAGAAAGAAAGGGAGAGGGCGCAGAAGGCGAAAGAAGGUAAAGCUAAAACACCGCCUAUCCCCGUCGCGGCCGCCGACCCGGACCUCCAGUCGCGGGUCCCCAUACAUCUGAGCCAGAUCCCGUUCCUGACGAACUCGAACCUGCUCGCGCUCGUCGGGCGCCUCGACGGCACCGACCGCAUCCAGCUGGCGCUCAUGUUCCCGGACGUCUUCCUCAGCGGCGCGCGCGUCAACCUGCUGAGCCUCGACCCGGCCUUCCUGCAGCGGCACGGGCGGCCGGGCGACGCGCACGCCGCCGCCGACUCCGCCGUCGUCGUGCGCGUGCUCUGGGGCAUCGUGGAUAACAUCCGCGCGCUCGAUUCGGAGGUCUACCGAAACGGGCUAAGACGCUCGCUCCCGAUCGUCGUCGAGGCCUUGGCUUCGGCCGGGCUGGAUAACGGGGGGAUCGAGAUGGUCCGCUACUUCGUCGGCCUGAGCGAGCCCAUAUCCGCUGAACGGAUUAACAAUAUCGCUAGCCAGAGCGUCUUGGGCGCCGUGGUGGUGCUCGCCGCGGCCUUGGAAAGGAGGAGGUUCUUCACGAGGUUUAAUAGGGGUGAAGGGCUAGUUCCGGCUACCCCUCACGGCGGAGCGCCCGUUAACAGCCAGCUCGGCGAGGAGCUGCUCUUGCAACUGGCUGAUCUGCCGCAGCCGAGCCUGGAUUGGACGCGAAUGCUGUUCAGCGUGUCAAGAGAUAGCCAAUAUUACGACAUCCACGGCCGCCUUCUAUCCACAGCCGUUCGCGACCGACUCAACGGUAACAACACUACCAUCAGUUUUCUAGUCCAGAGUAACUGCCGGCGCUCUCUCCAGGCGCUUUACCAUGCCGUCCUACAUAAUGACCCGGCCCUCGUUCGAUAUCUUCUCGAGGUCGGUAACCCUGCACCUAUCAUGGCCGACAUCACCUCAGCGCCUCCAGCCGGAUUUCCGGUCCCCGCUGGAGACACGUCGGCGCGAGGGAAAGCAGCCGAUGGACCGCUAACUGUCCUUGGAGCUCGCGGAUUCGUAGAUACUUGGGCGGCCCAAGGACUCUCCUUACCAGCCGUCGCGCGCAAAAUCGGCGAUGAGGCUCAAGCUAGAUGGCUACAAGACCUGGUAGAUCACACGGUAGGUGAUGAUGAUGUUGACUUUUAG